CGGACUCACGGUGACGAGCCCAACUCAUAUGCAAAUUCCUUUAGAACCUCUAAAACCUCUCAUACGCAAAUUCGUCACUCAUCGGCAAAUUCCAAAGCUCGAAUUGCAGAAGCUUGAACUGCAGAAGCUCGUUCCAGUAUCAAUUUUUCAAGUGUUGUGGCCGGAAAUCAGGGCGGCCUCCCCUCCUGCCCUGGCUCAGGGACGGGCCUGAUGCUCUUAUGAGAAUGGACUUUCUAGAUGAUCCCUUUUCGGAACCAACGGUCGUCAAAGCUCCAACUGCUGGCAGGUUUCAGCCCAAGGCCAAACCAAGACCCAAGAGAGGACCAUUGCCCGCUGUAAAAUCUACCAAGGAGCCUUCUGUAACGUCGAUUUCACAAGAUUCUGUGUCAGUUCAGUCAAAUGGGAAUGUGGAAAAGAAGUCAGAUGCUCCUAUCAGUUCAUCUUUUACAGUCGUUGAUAGUUUGGGAAAGCCCCCUAAAGAUGGGAACUUAUCAACUGAAGCAAGAGAAGUGUCGGGCUCAGCUGUUACCGGGGAUUUAGAAAUUGAUGUUUCCAUUCCUGUUGGAGGCAUUAAUUUGAGUGUGGAUUCCUCAACGGAGUUGCAACUGCCCCCCAAUAUUGUUGGCCUGUCACCUAAUGCAGCUGGAUUCCCUGCUGAGACUCCCACACUCGAUGCAUCCAAUGUCCAGAAUGAAGGGGAGCUAUCAGGCUUUCCUGAUGUUUCUUUUAUCGAUGCUCCGUCUCUCAAACCCUGUAAGCCUCAAACAGUUCAUGAUCAGUCUAUAGAUAAGACAUUGCAAGAUUCAGAAAGCUACAAGGGCUCCUUUGUUUGUGACGAUGCAGACAUUCAGAUAGAUGUGGAGCAGUUGGGAGUGGGUGAUUUUUCUUGCUUCGAUAGUAUCGAUAUGAUGAGCGAGGGUGCUGCUGCUUCUGGAAAAAGAGCUGUUAAGUUCCAGCCCAAGCCUAAGGCACAAAGUGAUAGACUGAAAGCUCCCACUGAGGCUGGUUCUCAUCAUCCACAUGGGUCAGAGCUUCAUUCUGAAACUCUUCAUUUGGCCAGGGAUAGUUCAAUUCAUGCUGGACAGCCUGACACCGUUUCUGAUCUUUCGCAUAUGAGGCUUGACAGCGAGUUUUCUAUACAUUCUUCUGUGUAUCAGGCUGAUUUUGUAGGCUCUGAAGAAACAGAUCAGUUUAUGACAGCUGAUUUACCCCAACAGGGCGAGGAGCAUCAUGGGGAAGAUAAGUCAUAUGAUGCGUUAGACUCUUCUGCCAAAUCGGUAGAUGAAGGAUUCUUGUCGGGUUUUGAUGUAAAUGAGAAUGGGUAUGAACUGUUUGAUGGAAUAAAUGGUGAAUUUCAUGACAAUAUUAAUUCUCACAAUGAAGCACCUUAUGGAUCAGCCUCAAAUCGAGACGAAAAUAAUGAUGUUGUUCACUUAGCAGAAGAGUCUUCUCAAAAGAAAAGACCACGAAAAUCUAAGAAAGUUGCUUCUGAAAAUGAUAAACCAGCUAGAAGAAGGAGAAAAGCCACUCAGAAUCCUGCUGAAUCUACUGAAAAACCUCCCAAGAAGUUUCCUCGUGGAACUAGGCGAAAAAGAUGUGUGGACAAGUCCUUGCUCGAAGCACCAGAAGAUGAACUUGACCUUCAAAGGGUGCCAAUCAGGGAAUUGAUCCUACUAGCAGAGCAUAAAGAGCGCCAAGCAAAGAAAGAAGCAGCAACUACUCUACCAUCGUUAACUAGUGAGAGGACUGACAACACAUUGUCAGAGGACCGUCCUUAUGAUGAUGAGGGAUAUGGGUUUGACCAAGAUGAUGCUUUUGAUAAUCCAUCAACUUCAGAGGUUCAGAAAGAUACCGGCUACUUUAAUUAUCAGUCAUUCAUGCAAAGAGAACCCAGAGCGAGGUGGACAAAGCAGGACACCGAAUUGUUUUACAAGGGGAUCAGUCAAUUUGGGUCAGACUUAUCAAUGGUACAACAACUAUUCCCUGGGCUUACUAGGCAUCAUAUAAAAUUGAAGUAUAAAAAGGAAGAACGUCAAAACCCUAUGAGGCUUCAUGAUGCUUUGUGUAGUAGGACACAAGAUCUUUCACAUUUUGAACUCGUGAUUGGAAGGCUGAAAGAACAAGCUGCACGAGAUGGAAAGGCUGAUAUAGAUGAUUCCGUUUACGAAGCAGGCGAGGCCGAAGGGCCAGAGGAAGUUGUCAACUCUCAUGAGGAUGUUGCAAAACCCGAGCAGAAUGAAGAAGAUAAAGUUGCUGAUCAAGAGCCAGAUAAGCAUCUAGCCGAAAGUCCUCCCAAGUCCUAUCACAGUGAAGAAGAGGACUUUGAUUGGAGUGAAUAUAAAAGUGAAUUGUAGCAUCUAAACAACCACUCCCUUUUCUUCUUAUCUUAUGAUUUGAUUUUUCAGAUUUUUCCUACACCUAGAAACCACAUACUCCAUGUUAGUUCCGGGGAAAUUCCGAUGAUUAUCCCCUUUCAUAGUUUCUAUAGUUUUUAUGGCUAAUAAUUGUGCCUCUAUCCGUGAGAGCUCUUGUAGUCUCUCAUUGAUGGAGAAUUUUGUUUAUUGUAUUUUGUAGGCAUCAUGAUAUCUUGUUAAUGAUAAUGGCAAGUAUUUUAGACUGGAA